AUGCUACCCUUCCCCACGCCCCUUCCGCGGUCAGACCUGAGCCCCUUCCCAGGCAGAGGCGCCGGCCUCCGAUACCUGGGGUCCUCCCGCACUCCGGCCAGCGUCGAGCCCAGGCUCCCGGGCAGGCGAGCGGAGGGCCCUCCGCCCUUCUCUGCGAAGCUCGCGGCGCCUGGAGGCCCCCAGGAUGGAGGCAACAAUCGCGCAGGCCCGUCCCCGCCGCGCGGAGCCGCUGUGUGCGGAGGCGGCGCGGGCGGAGAGGAAGGAGCGCGGCUGCGCCCCCUGCCCGCGCCGCUCGGCGGUCCCGGCGCCUUCGAGGGCCGCGCGUCCCUGGGUCCCCGCAGCGAGGCCUCCGGGCCCCUCCUCCAGCCCUCCGCCCGGCGGAAAGCCGGAGUUCUCGGCGACGGGGAGCGGGCAGAGGCCGCCGGGGUCUCCGCCUCCUGCCCGCCCGAGGGCCCGGGGACGCUCGCGUGCUCAGCGCGCCUGGGGGGGAAUGGGACGCGGGCAGAUCACUGCUCCCAGGAGAAGAGGGAGCCCCCGAUUCGAGCUUUUGAAUGCACGAAGUUUGGGGGGGCAGCUGAAAAGGUCGAGAGAAGGGGGGAAGGGAAGGAGGAGGCUCCCGGUACGAUUUCGGAGCUGACCGUGACCCCUCCUGCGACCGCGCUGGCCCCGGGCGGGCGUGCAGGGGCAAGGGGACGGCCGCCGCGCGUUCCGGUCCCGGGCCCUGCCGAGCGUGGCGUGGAGACUGCCGCCGGGCGGGAGCCACCGGUAUCCCCGCGGCCCCUCCAAAUCGGGCUUUGUUCCCGAGAGGACUCGUCCUUUCUCUCCCGGACCCUUCCCUCCACCCUGCGGCCCAGCUCUUCACCCCACUUCUUCCCCGGAGGACGGGUCCCCACGCAUUGGCGUCCACUCGGAUGGACACCGGGCACCGGAGAGGCCAGGGCCCCCCGGCGCGCAGGCUGCGUUGGCGAAGCAGAGAGCAGGUGGGCGGCGGCAGGCCUGGCCCGCGGCGCUCCAGUGCCCGGUGGAGGGCACAGCGCAAAGUCGCCGGCGGCCACCCCGGGCCCUGCCCACAGCCCGAUGUACCUCUGGCCUGUCCGGUGGGGUCGGGUCGCUGCGGCCGCGGCGGAGCCCGGCACCGGUCCCGGAUCACAGCUUCCAGCGCUCGGCCCGCGACGCGCCUCCGGUUACCCUGGGGCUGGCGUCUCUCGUCCCAUCGGAGCGCGCGGGGACAGCGCCCUGACGGCUGUGCCGGGCGACCGAUCGUCAGAUAUCAUUGACAACACCUUCCUUUCAUCGUGUUUUAUACCUGCCCUCUGCACGUGCGGGGGACAAGAGUGA